AUGGCUUCUUCCUUCCUAUUAUGUUUCUUGGCCUUCUCAUUGCUACUGAUCAGUCUCUUUAGACCAACUAAAUCAUCAAAGCUCGAGAUCGAAGAGUUGUCAUGGCUCGACGAUGACAACAAUGAGGAAAUCAACAUGGUCCAGAGUCGUCAUGAUUCGCUUAGAAAAUGUGACUUUGGGUCUGGAAAAUGGGUGUAUGAUCAAACAUACCCUCUUUAUGACGCAGCUACUUGUCCGUAUCUUAGUACUAGAGUUACUUGUCGAAAGAAUGGAAGGCCUGAUUCUGAUUACGAGAAAUGGAGAUGGAAACCGCAUGGUUGCACCAUUCCAAGGUUUGAUGCAUUAGAGUUUCUUGGAAGAAUGAGAAGGAAAAGAAUAAUGUUAGUAGGUGAUUCCAUAAUGAGAAACCAAUGGGAGUCCCUUGUUUGCUUGGUUGAAUCUGUCGUGCCCACUGAUCGCAAAACUGUCACUUAUGCAGGCCCAACGAUGGCCUUCCAUGCCCUGGAUUUCGAGACAUCAAUUGAGUUUUGUUGGGCACCACUUCUAGUUGAACUAAAGAAAGGUCGUGGAAACAAAAGAAUUCUACAUUUGGAUUUGAUAGAAGAGAAUGCCAAGUAUUGGAGGGCUGCUGAUGUGUUGGUUUUUGAUUCGGCACAUUGGUGGACCCACUCUGACAAGUGGACCUCGUGGGACUUGUUGAUGGAGGGAAAGCGUGUAGCCCCUGAUAUGAACAGGAUGGUUGCAUACCAAAAAGGGCUUCGGACAUGGGCUAAAUGGGUUGAUUUAAAUCUUGACCCACGUCAAUCUCGGGUCAUAUUUCGUAGCAUGUCACCUCGGCACAACAGGGACAAUGGAUGGAAAUGCUACAAGCAAAGGGAGCCAUUGGGGUAUGCUAGUCACCCCCAUGUUCCAGAAGAGAUGAUGGUGCUCAAAGGUGUUCUCAAGAAUAUGAGAUUUCCGGUUUAUUUAGAAGACAUAACAGCUAUGUCCGCUCUGAGAAAAGACGGUCACCCAUCAGUUUACACACAAGCUGCUACCGCAGGUGGAGCUGAUAAGCAUCACCGCACGGACCAUACUUCAGCUGAUUGUAGCCAUUGGUGCUUGCCUGGGGUCCCUGAUAUCUGGAAUGAAGUGUUAAAUGCUAUGCUUUAAAAGCUCGGUUACAUUAAGUCAAUUAAUGUACCAUUAAUUAGGUUAAUGAAAGCUGUGUUAGUGUCUUAGUGAUGCUGUAUCUGGAUUGUAACAUGUCUCUUGUUGGCAGUUAAUUAGUUAGUUUGGUUUGUUUAUUGCUUCUUGAGCUAUA